AUGAGUUCAGAUGAAGUUCGUUCGGUAAAGCUGACAAGGCCCCAAACCUCCAAAUCCGACUCAACCGCAAAACUCCAGGUUAUUGAGAAGAACUCGGGAGAAAAAAGACGCUCAAUUCUGGAAGACGAUGAAUAUGAGAAAGAAAUCGUCACCGAUUCCCAACGUUCCGAGCCAGUCCCACAACCGAAAGCAACUGAGAUGGCGCAUUCCUUGCCGAGAGAUAAAAACAGGUUCAAGAAAGAUGGGUCUUUCAGAUCAAAAUGGGGGGACCUCACCUUCCAGCCGCGGCCUUCGAUCUUCGACGCUGAAGUCAAGUUUGGCGCCAAAUUCUACGGUUUGUUUGUUGCCUUCUGGUUCUGUGUCUUUUUUGGUGGGUUGAACGUUGUUUUGAACCACCACCUAAGUUAUGGCAGUCUGAUCGAGUCCAAAGUUAUUGCAAUCAUGGCAGAUAACAUUGUUGGUGUUGCGUUCACAGACUUGUUGAUGUACUUCAUGAUGUACAUUCCUGUCCUGAUUCAACUGGCUGUUAAAAAUGGCAAGCUGAGCUGGCAAAAGUCUGCCUGGAUCAUUGAGUCAGUGUUUGAAGUUUUCUUCCUGGUAUUUUUCCUCGUCUGGGCAGAGUACUUUCAGUAUUCGUGGAUUGGCAAGAUCUUCUUGCUGCUCCACUCGCUGGUCCAAUUGAUGAAGAUUCACUCGUACGCUUUUUACAACGGAUACCUGUGGUCAAUCCAAAACGAGCUCAAGUUUUCUCGCGCCUACUUGAAGAAACACGAGGAUACAGAGCUGACAGACAAAGUUCGUAUCCCAUUGGAAAAAUCUGUGGAGUUUUGCGAGUUUGAGCUGAGAGCACAGUCUGCAGAACAACCAUUCCCAGAAAACAUCACAUUCAAAAACUUCUUUGUCUACUCCAUGUAUCCAACGCUGGUUUACCAGAUAGACUAUCCAACCACAACUAAAAUACGCAAGCGCUAUGUCCUGACCAAGAUUGCUGGAAUCUUUGGUGUCAUCUUCCUCAUGAUUGCAAUCUCGGACACUUAUCUGUACCCUAUGGUUAUCAACUGCUUGGAGCUGCGGGAAACCACCUCCAUUGCCUACAGAAUACAGAUCUAUCCGAAGAUCAUAAUUGGGUUCAUCCCGCCUUUCUUGGGUGUCUAUUUAUUGGUGUUUUACUUGAUUUGGGAGCUGAUCCUAAAUGCAAUUGGAGAGCUCUCUUAUUUCGCCGACAGAGAGUUCUACGGUUACUGGUGGAACUCUGUGGACUGGAACGCCUAUGCUAGAGACUGGAACAUUGUGGUCCACAAGUUCCUGUUAAGACAUGUCUACCACAGCUCUAUCAGUGCUUUGCAACUGAACAAAACAGGAGCCACCAUCUUCACGUUUGUGUUGAGCUCCGUGAUUCACGAACUUGCUAUGUUUGUCAUUUUCAAACGGUUGAGAGGCUAUCUGCUGAUGCUGCAGAUGAGUCAACUUCCGUUGGUGCAACUGAGUCGGUCCAAACUGAUGAAAGACCGGGAGAUCUUGGGCAACUGUAUCUUCUGGUUCGGAAUCGUGUUUGGUCCAAGCUUGAUGUGCACCAUGUACUUGGUCUUCUAA